AUGCGUUUCUCCUUCCGUGGAAAGGCCUCGGACAUGCCUGUGUCCGAGGGUCGGGCCACAGGACAGGAUGCCUCUCCAGACGAGCCCAUCGAAAUCAACCCCGAGGCCGACUUGAAGAAGUUUAAGAAGCUUCAUCAGUGGGAUCCUUUUAUGGAGGUUCAAAAGCUGGACGCUGCUGACCAGGUACUGCGCACUGGAGACUUGGAGAAGGAGGCAGCAGUCGAGGCUUCGCUGCUUGAAGAGGAUUCGCCGUACGCCGAAGUCAGGGCGUCGGUGAAGCCUACUGAUGACCUCGAGAUGCCCGUCAACACCAUUCGUGCCUGGUGUAUCGGUUUCGUCACUUGCACUGUUGUCACAGCCUGCAAUGUCUUGCUGGCACUGCGUCGUUCUCCUGUCACCAUCUCCCCAGUCGUCGUGCAGCUGAUCGCCUAUCCCAUGGGCAAGGGCUGGCAUGCGUCCAUGCCCAACUGGAAGUUCCGCCUUUUUGGCCAUCACUUGGAGUUCAACCCGGUGACUCCCUUCAAUAUGAAGGAGCACACCAUCAUCGUUAUCAUGACGGCUGCUGGCUCUGCGCUCUCUUAUGCCCUCGACAUUUUGCUGGCCCAGGAGAUCUUCUACAAGCAGCACUUUGGCUGGGGCUUCCAGAUUCUGCUCAUUCUGUCCACUCAGGCUAUGGGUUUCGGUCUCGCCGGUAUCAUGAGGAGGUUUUUGGUCUGGCCCGCUGCCAUGGUCUGGCCUGCCACCCUGAUUUUCACCACUGUCAUGAAUACCCUUCAUGACCACAGCCCGGCCGACCCCUCCCUCGCAAACGGCUGGAAGAUUGGUCGCUACAAGUUCUUCUUGGUUGUUGCUGCCGCAACCUUCUUCUACGAGUGGAUCCCGCAGGUCAUGGCUACAUUCCUUCAAGUGUUCACAUUUGCGACAUGGAUAGCACCGGACAACGUCUUGGUGAACCAGCUCCUAGGUGGCCAGACUGGUGUUGGCCUGAUUCCGAUCUCGUUUGACUGGGCUACCAUUUCCGGUUUCCUCCUCUCGCCAUUGCAGACUCCCGCUUUCGCCAUCUUCAACGUCGGAAUGGGUAUUAUCCUGAUGAUGUUGGGCUCGAUUGGGCUUGCCUACGGCGGCCCCGACUUUUACAAGUACUUGCCCAUCAGCGCAAACGGAAACUUCGACCACUUCGGAAACCCGUACAACACGAGCCGGAUCCUCAACCCGGACUUCACCUUCAACCAGACAAAAUACGAAGCGUACUCACCCUUGAUGCUUGGUCCUGCGUUCUCGCUGACGUACGGCAUGUCCUUUGCCGCCCUUGCCUCGACUGUCGUUCACGUCGCCCUCUUCUAUGGCAAAGACGUCUGGAAUCGUGCCCGAACCGCCACCUACGAAGAAGCCGAUGUCCACUUGAAGAUGAUGCGGAAGUACCGCGAGGCACCUGAGUGGUGGUUUGCGACCGUCUUCCUUAUCUCUUUCGCGUUCGGCAUGAUUGCAUCGCAGCACUGGGAGACUCAUCUCACAUGGUGGGCGUACAUCAUUUGUGUGCUGAUUGGCGUGGUUCUCAUCCUUCCAGUGGGCGUCAUCCAAGCUGUGACCAACCAACAGACCGGGCUGAACGUCAUCACCGAACUCAUCAUUGGUUACAUGCAGCCUGGAAAACCAGUUGCCAUGAUGCUUUUCAAGUCAUGGGGUUACAUGAUGGCCUACAAUGGACUUACCUACGUCAGCGACCUCAAAAUAGGACAUUAUAUGAAGAUUCCGCCUCGAUCAAUGUUUGCAGCCCAAUUCUUUGCUGUGACUUGGCUUAGCUUGGUCCAAAUCGCCACUUACAACUUCCUCCGUGGCAACAUUGAAGGCGUCUGUACCUCCACCCAGACUCAAGGUUUGACGUGUCCCAACGCCAAGACGUUCUACAACGCUUCAGUGAUCUGGGGUGUCGUCGGCCCUAAGAGGAUAUUCAGCGGAGGCGCUCUGUACUCUUGGACCAAUUACUUCUGGUUAAUCGGAGCAGCUUUGCCCGCAAUCCAGUUUUUCGUUGCCAGGCGCUUCCCUAGAAGUAUCCUCCGAUACAUUUUCUUCCCCGCCAUCUUUGGUGCUGCGGGUAUGAUCCCGCCUGCGACGUGCUGGUACCUCGGGCAGUGGGUCAUUGUUGGACUCAUCUUCAACUAUUUCAUCCGGAGAGCUUAUUUCGGCUGGUGGAGUCGUUAUACCUAUGUCCUAUCCGGUGCUCUCGACAUUGGUACCGCGCUGUGCAUCGUCAUCUCUGCGCUUGCCUUGGGACUCAGCGGCGCGAACUUCCCAGAUUGGUGGGGCAACACUGUGUGGGAGAACAACCUCGAUGCUUUAGGCACUGCAGUGACAAAGACUCUGCCUGACGAUGGGACAUUCUUUGGUCCCACUACUUGGCAUUAA